CGUCAUAGUGGAGUGUGUCAAAGUCAAGAGGGAUCAAUUGAGACAAUAAGGGAUAGAAGCGAGUUGAAGCCUACUGCCUAGGGUUUAUGAGAGGAUUCCUACCCCGCCAGUACCUAAAGGAUUCUGUGAUGGUAGGAACUGACAGCCAAUCAUCAAUGCAGCGCUGAGAAGGCAAACCUGGUAAGUAGUCAAUGUCAGCAGUAAUGAAAGCGAUAGAGGCACUGACUAGGAUCACGGUUGGGGGUGCCUUCUUGUACGUCAUUGAGAGAUGCGUGACUUGUGAGCAUGACUCAGUGAUCUUGUACGUCCUUGUAGCUCGGUUUCUUGAUACGGAUGACUAUGAUGUGAGGCCAUACGUAUCUGCUGAGACAAGGAGAGGGAUCGAUUACGAGGCAUGUUGGAUAACUGCUGCUGAUUAUGUUCUGGAUGAAAGGCUGUUGCUGAGACAACGAGAGGAUGAAAGAAAGAGUGUGGUAAGCCGCGCUGCUCAUUAUCCUCUGAAGAGGGAUGAAGUGGUUGAGAUGGUUCGUGAACUACCUUUGGUGUCAAACCGGAAGUGGUCUCUGGAACAGAUGAAAGCAAUCACUAGUGCAAGAGAAGGAAAUGUUGAGGCAGCUACGGGAGGAAACUUGAAGGCCGAAGAGAUCCUUGGUCUUCUCGUUAAGCUUGGUAGCUUCGAAAAGUUAACCCUUCCUGCCCCAGCAACUCAAGCACUUGUUGGAGCCGAAGAAGGUAAGGUAGAAAGAAAGAAGGAGAAACAAAAGGAAGAUGGUCAAAAGAAGAAGCGCGACCGGGAUUGGAAGAAAGAUAAUAAGAGCCGAGAUUGGCAAAGGAGAGAUGGUCCCUUCCAAUGUUAUUAUUGUGACGAGGAAGGUCAUACUAUAACUCGGUGCCCUAUACUAGAGAAGGAACUCGAAGAAGGGAUUGUCAAGAAGAAUGUCAAUGGGCACGUCUGUGAUGCCAAUUGGAACAAGAUAGAUUUCCGAGUCAAAGGAGGGAUGCGAGCAGUUAUCCUAGAACAGGCUAGGGUCAAUAAGGAUAAAAAGAAGAAGGCUAGAGUUAAUGUUAUCACCUCUGAUGGUAUGCUACCUCCGGAGAUAGUGGCUCAAGACGACAAUCCUGAAAGUCAAAACCUGAAUAUAUCCCAUAUCAGCCAAAAAGAGGUCGAAGAGAAAAAGCGAGAAAAGGCUCAAAGAGAGCUAGACCAGCUGAUAGAUGGGACCAAGGACCUAGUGAAGGAAGGGAAAGGAAAGGAAGCUGCCGGGAAGAAGAGAAGGGUGGUCUUGAGAUCCGAAGCCGAGGAAGGGAUCUCGAUAGAUGAAGUAGUAAAGAAAUUACUCGAGGAGACCGAGAUCACCCUAUCCUGGAAAGAAGCAGUAGCCUUGUUACCUAAGUUUAGAGAAGAACUUAAGAAGAUGGUUGAAAGGCGGAAGGUAGAAAUCAAUAGCUUAAGACUCUUCCCUCAAUAUGUGGAAAGAGCCCCGCCUGGUACCAAGAUGAGGUUUGGUAACAUGUCGUGUGGAUACUUGAAUAUCUCUGUGAAUGACGUGAAGGUUAGAGCCCUAGUGGACUCUGGGGCCGAGAUGGUCAUGGAGGACAUAUGCCCAGAGGUUACGUUCCCAUCCAUUGACGACAAUCCAGUUAAAGGACCAAAGGAGAAAGAUGAGACUUUAGUGGAAGGUCGAGUCAGGCAGUUCGUAUGGGAACAUGCGCAGGGAGUAGCGAAAGUACUAGAAAGGUUGGCUAAAUACAACCUAACAGCCAGCGGGUCGAAAUCACUACUAUUCCAAAGGGAGGUGAUGAUCUUGGGUUUUAAGUGCUUCUUGGAAGAAAGGAGCCCCGAUCCGAAGAAAGUGGAUAGGCCUAUGCCUCUAAAAACGGUUGGGGAAGUAAGGAGUUUCCUAGGGGUCUGUAGCUUCUGGCGGAUCUUCAUCCCCGGGUUUGCCAAGAUAGCCGAACCUCUUAGAGAAAUGGUGCGACAAGGAGCUAGCUUAGAGUGGUCUGACCAAAGAGAGAAGGCUGCGCGGGUACUUCAAGAUAAGCUGAGAGAUUGCGGGGUCGUAUCAGGAGUACCCUACUUCGACGAUGAAAGGGAGAGGCCCUUCAUCAUCGAAGCCGAUAGUGGCCCAAUAGCAUUAGGAGGGGUGCUCGUGCAGCGAGAUAAGAAUGGUAAAGAGAGGCCACUUAGAUUUGAGAGUCGCACCCUUAAUUCGGUUGAGAGAGACUAUAUUCAGUUCAGGAAGGAACUUCUGGCUAUCCUGCACUGUCUCAGGGUGUUUAGACACUAUGUUAUGGGGCGGAGAUUCAUCCUAAGAACGGAUUCCACGGCGGUAAUCGGAGUUGUUAAGAGGCAUCAACAGGUAAAUGUCACAGUCAGUAGAUGGAUAGCUCACAUAUGGACGUAUGAUUUUGUAUUAGAGAAGGUACCUACUGAAAAGAAUCAAGCCGAUGGGCUGAGCUGCGUAGAAUGGGGAUCAAUAGAUGAUGAAUCUCUUGAGGAGGCACCCUUUGUUGAUGAAUUCCUUAUGGAAGACGAUGAUGAAGGACUACCUCCAGCUCCUAGUUGUUAUACAGCUUCAGCCAUAGCAACGAGCAGGGAAGACUGUUGGGGAGAAAAGGAAGACCCUUACCUCCAUUACCUUCUAACUCGAAAGGAUGAGGAGGAAGGAUGGUAUGGGAUGGUAGAACAAGCUGCUGUUGCAGCUCACGAGCUAGCAGAAAGUUCAAGGAUGGUUGAACGAAGGCUGAAUGAGAUAGAGGAAGAGUCGGAAGACUCUGCGCAAGAUAAGGACGCUGAGGAGAGAUUUAAGAAGGAUGAGUAUGAUGGAGAAUAUAAGAGGAUCGGUAUGGUAAUGAGCAGUAAUCAGUUGGACGAAUUCUAUCAUGAGAGAACAAAGAGAACCUUUAGGCUGCGUAGGGGUCACCUUUUUGUGGAUGCUAAGGAAGGACUACCGCCACUGAGAGUAGUGUGUGGUAAGGAAAGGCAACUGGAGGUGAUCGCCGCACUGCAUGAGGGUCUAGCAGGGGGUCAUAGGGGUGCUGAUGCUACAUACUAUAAAGUAUCUCGACUAUAUCACUGGGAUGGUCUAAGGGAUAUGGUUAUGAGAUAUUGUAAGUCAUGUGAAGCCUGUCAGAAAAGGUCAUCUAUGAGAUUGAUUGAACCCUUAUACCCCACUGUUCUUGUUGAACCUGGCAGUACUGUUCACCUUGAUCUAAUUACUAUGCCACCUGGUAAGGAUGGAAUGAAAUAUGUACUAAACAUGAGAGAUGACAUGUCUGGUUAUGUUGAAGCAAAAGCCAUCCGUAAGAAAACUCCAAAGACAGUGGUAGAUUGGAUCGAGGAAAUCUACUUGAGGUACCCCUUCAUACGUGAGUUUGUGGCUAACCAGGGAUCAGAGUUCAAGAACGAGAUGGUCUGGAGACUCAUGUUCAGACUUGGAGUCAGGAUCAAAUUUGUGACACCAUAUCAUCCUCAGGCUAAUGCACCAGUGGAGAGAGGUCACAGGACACUAAAGGAUGCUAUAUCAAAAUGGUGCCAAGGCGACUCCAGGAACUGGCCAUCUUUCUUAAGGGCGGCAGUCUAUGCUGACAAUGUGACUGUCAAACGGACUACAGGUUAUGCGCCUAUUACACUCUGGUAUGGCAGAACCGAUUUUGAGACUGCCAGCGCAGUCACUCUGAGAACAGAGCCUGCCAACGCAGUCACCUCGAGAACAGGGCCGAUUUUGAGACUGCCAGCGCAGUCACCUCGAGAACAGUGCCGAUUUUGAGACUGCCAGCGCAGUCACCUCGAGUACAGAGCCGAUUUUGAGACUGCCACUCUGAGAACAAAGCCGAUUUUUGAGG